CACCGUGCGCCGCCGCCGUGCCGGGGCCGGGGCCGGGCCUGCCCGCUGCGCCGAGAGCAUGGCCGGCUUCGCCGACCUGAACCUGCCGCAGGCAGCGGACAAGAAGUCCCUGCAGAGCCUGCUGGAGGCCGCGGCGCACCUGGGAUAUUCUGUAGUUGCACUUAAUCAUGUCAUCGACUUUAAAGAAAAGAAACAGGAAAUCAUCAAGCCAGUAUCCCCUUCAGAGUUGUUUCCAUCUUUGCCUAUUGUACAAGGGACAUCUAAAAGAAUUAAAGUCUUGACCCGGCUAACACUUGUUGUUUCUGAUCCUUCCCACUGUAAUCUCUUGAGAUCAACAUCUGCAAACAUAAGGUUAUAUGACAUCAUAGCAGUAUUUCCAAAAACUGAGAAACUGUUCCAUAUUGCUUGCACAACACUAGAUGUGGAUCUGGUCUGCAUAAAUGUAACAGAAAAGCUGCCAUUCUACUUCCGAAGGCCCCCUGUGAAUAUGGCAAUAGAUCGAGGCAUUUACUUUGAACUUCUUUACACGCCUGCCAUCAAAGACUCUACUAUGAGAAGAUACACAAUUUCAAAUGCCAUCAGCCUGAUGCAGAUCUGCAAAGGAAAGAACAUAGUUAUAUCUAGUGCAGCUGAAAGGCCUCUAGAGCUCCGGGGUCCUUAUGAUGUGGCUAAUCUAGGUUUGCUGUUUGGCCUGUCAGAAGGUGAAGCAAAGGCAGCUGUGUCCACCAACUGCAGAGCCACCAUGCUGCAUGGAGAAACUCGAAAGAGUGCCUGUGGCGUGGUGUACACGGUGAAGAAGCCUCGCAAGGUUGAGGAGGAAGAAACAGCAGUGCCAGCCUGCAAAAAAGCUAAGACUCAAGCUUGAGGACUGAGCAAGUUGUCAACAGAAGCCUCCAUCUCGUCUUUACCAAGUGUUGAGUUUUCCUCCAACCUCCAGCCAACCUAAUUUUUCCCUUACUACCUUGCUCAGCCCGCAGAAGAAUUACUCUUCCAGCAUUCAAGUGAGGAAAACUGUGUGAAUGAGACUGCUGAAUAGUAUUCACCACAUCUGAAAGGUCAUGCUGGGCUUCUGGCCAAGGGCAGGAGACUGACUCUUCAUCCUCCCUUAGGUGUCCUGGAGUGAAUGCAAACUCAACAGAACAUUUCUAACGUGGAAGUUUUUACUUAUACACGUGCAUUCCUUUUUUAUUAAAAACAUGUCUAAGAACA